AUGAAGCUCACCCUCUCAGCCCUCACCCUCGCCCUCGCGGCCCUCCCCGAGCUCGCCUCGGCCGGGUUCGCGGCUUCUUGUUCUUGGUCCUGGCAGGAGCCAAAGUACGUGGUCGCCACUUGCGCCAAGAAGGACGGGACGCCCUGGCGGACGAGGCAGGACAUGAAUUUGUGUGUGGGGGUUGAUCAGUUAACUGGGAGGCUUGUUUCGAGGGAUACUGGCAACGCCUUCAUUGAAUGCUGGGACACGAGAAAGGACGGCAACACGGACCUCAAGUCUACGUGCUGGAACUGGCAUGAGGAGGAGGUGAGGGGGAAUUUGAAUAUUGAUGCGUUCAUGCAGAAUUUGGAUGGGUGGUUGUGGUGCCAUGGGCAUCGGAGCGCGCCUUAUUAGGGGGUAGGUGGAUGAUGGGUUGGAACCUAUAGAAGAGAUGUGUUUGGGCUCGAAGACGUCAGAUAUAUUCUAGGUUAUCAGUCGAGAUGUCUUAAUGAUGAUGAAUGUUACUGCGUUUGACUUGGUGGUGUUGUGACAUGGCAGUAUGUUUCUGUGCUGGCACAUUUCUUCCUUGCAGCGUUGAAGUGUCACUCUAAUGGUGGAAGCAAAUCAGCC